GUAAUGUCUGGUGACGACAUCUAAUCCAUCGGUCCUUCUUCCUUCCUGCUGUGUUUCUUUCUCUCUCGUUUAUUAUAUUUUUCUUGUUUCUCUUCGUGUUUCUCCCCCCUUUACUUUUAAUUGGAUGUUUUACAUUCUGCAUUUGUCAUCUCCUUGCCAGACUUGUGCAACAGAUGCGUUUAUGCUCGUUUCGUAACCAAUAUACAGCCGUAAGUCAUGCAGGAAACGGUCCUACCUCAUGCUACAAUCAAACCUUCGCUAAAUUGGAUCUAACAUUGGAGAUAACACUGAGUGGAAAACAUGAGUGUGACUAAGAAAAACAGCAAGAAGACCUUCCACAUUGAUGAGUCUGACUUGCUUUGCAAGAAUGGAUGCGGUUACUACGGUAACCCAGCCUGGCAAGGGUUCUGUUCAAAGUGCUACCGGGAAGUCUACCAAAAGGCAAAGCAAGCCCAAGUGCAGCAUGAUGCUUUACAGAAGGCAAAACGACUGGCUGGACUUGGUGACUCUCCACCAUCUUUCUCGAAGUUUGAAGAGAAAAAAACCCAACAGACAAACAAACGAAGUCACACAGUGAAAUCCAUCUUCAAACGACCCUUACAGAAAGAAUCUUCUCCGGAUCAAUUGGCCACCCGAAAGAAGGAGGUGCGACGUGCUAGCCUGGAGAGUCAGCAGGUUGGUGGUGAAUUUGCUGAAUUCCUUCAAACUUUAAAGAAGCCAGUUGCACUCGACGUUUCCAAACGAGUGCGAAACUUGAAUGAACGGAUCCAUAACCUCACUGACUAUUCCAUUGAGGAACUGUCUGAAAUGGUGCAAGAUUUCUACCAGAGCAUGUCUGAUCAAUUCCAUGGAACCCCGCUUUAUAGCAGUUGCACUGCAGAAACCACAGAACAGCUUAUGGAUUACAUAGAAAAAUUCAUCAUGACAACUCUGUACCGGUUGGUUUUCUGUUCUCCACACACCAAUGAUGAGGAGAAAGACUUGACCAUCCAGGCUCGUAUUCGAAGUUUCCAUUGGGUCAAUCCACAGAUGCUGGACAUGUCUAUUGCUGAACAUGAACCUGCGGUUCGACAACUGGUGGACCAGGCAAUUACAGAUAUUAUUGAAAUGAAUUCGAAACGUGCACCGCAAGACAAAUUAGCAUGUUUGGUGAAAUGCAGCAAACAUAUAUUUGAAGUGUUGCGUGCAUCGAAAGACAGUCCAGCCAGCGCCGAUGAAUUCCUGCCUGCUCUAAUUUACAUUGUCCUAAAGGCUAACCCGCCUUUACUCCAGUCCAAUAUCCAGUACAUCACCCGGUUUUCCAACCCCAGCCGCCUUAUGAGUGGUGAGGCUGGCUAUUAUUUCACCAACCUUUGUUGUGCUGUGGCAUUCAUUGAGAACAUUGCUGCCGACUCACUUAGUUUGAACCAGGUGGAGUUUGAACGCUACAUGUCCGGAGAAGCGACUCCUCCCUCGCGUGGCAACGAAUACAUGUGCGAAGGCAUGCGCUUGAUGUACGAGAACCUGCAGAGGUUGACCGAGAUGCAGAAGCGGCACGACAAGGUGAUGGCCGAAGCCAUGCAACUGCAGAGAGACGUCGAAGAGUUCAAGGAGAACUUCAAACAGGAAAUCCAGAAUGUUCUCGAACGAAACCCACUGACCAUCAAACCGCGUAAGGUCAAAGUCGAAAUCGAUGAAGUCAGCGAGGAAACUCACAAGUUACCUCCUCCUCUUGUCCCUAUCCAAUCCCAGGUGUCAGCACAGGUAGCACUUGUUUCUCUCACAGAACAACAACAACAACAACCACCACCCCCACCUCAGGAAUCCCUUCCUGAGCAGCCACAGAUUAAUUCAUUACCGUCUCCAUCAUUGUUAUACAACACUGAUUCACCCAUUGAUGCAAAUUUCCUUGAACCCACACAACUCCCAUGAGACUAAACUUCUAACGAACAUUAAACCCCUUCCUUUUUAUUUUGAUAUGGGUUGAAAUUUUUUUUUUUUUUCACUUUUAAGCCAAUGGGAUCAAGUAAGAAUUAUUUUCUGUUUUUAAUGUAAAUGCCAUCGAACCAUUGAAAUGGUAGGCACCGGUGGACAAGAAUUCAAAUGUGGGGACAAAAGGAAAAAAAAAGAAAAAAAUCAAUGACAGAACACCAAAUGAGAUUCCAGUGAUGUUGAUGCCGAGUUCAAUUUCUACCAAGCAGCUCAUUCUCUCUCUUGUCUUUGUUCUCAAAAAUAAUGUUUUCCUUUCUGAAA